AUGGCAGAUGGUACCUACAGGUUCCAGCAGCCUGGGGCCGGGCAAUUCUACUUCCAAACUCAAGCACAACAGAACCCUCAUCAGCGACACAUCGUUCGGAACGGGACCAAUUCCCCGACGGGUCGACUGAAAUUCAACACCGACACCCCCUCCCCCUCCCGAUCCCCUGCCCUCAACCAGGCUGCUGCUAUCACACCUUUCAGCAAUAUGUACGGUCAAACGCACCAAGGCCAGCAUGUCAUGAUGAAUGGCGGUCAGGCCCACCAGCGCUUUGGCAUGCAGAUCCCGAAAUUCCAAUCGCAAUCCCACCACUCUCAUCACACCCAGCAGCCACAUCAUCAUGCUCAUCACACACAAGCCACACACAACCUCACCCACCAACACAACUUUGCUGCCGGUGGACUCGCAACCUCCACAGCCUCGCAUUUCACCUCUACCCACCUGCAGAACGGAGUGCCGACCGCAGUGGAUGACGACCUAGACGAAUCAAUGAACGAACAUUGGCAGCAGCAGCUCCAGCUUGCAGCGGAGUCCAGACAAGCCACUUCGCCUCACUACCACGCCCGCAUCAUUGCGCAACAAACGAAAGGAAUCCAGCUCAUUUCUAGUCAGGAUGCGGAAUCAGAUGGGCGCAAUGGCACCAACGGGAAACCACAAGGUUGGAAUGCGCUCGAUUUUGGUGGACAGGGUUUGCGCGCGUUGACAACGUCUUUGUUCAACUACGACUUCGUUGAGAAGCUGUACCUCAACUCCAACAAGCUCAAAGUGCUCCCUCCGGCUAUUGGCAAGCUGCGAAAGUUAACUCAUCUGGAUCUUUCGGGGAAUGAUUUGACUGAGCUACCAGAAGAGCUCGGUAUGCUUUCAAACCUGAAGAAGCUCCUCCUCUUUGAUAACAACAUUCGCACACUUCCUUACGAGAUGGGUUAUCUCUACCGACUGGAAACCUUGGGCAUUGAGGGAAACCCCCUGAACGAGGUUCUCAAGUCUCAAAUCAUGAAAGAUGGCACUAAAGCUCUUAUCAAGUACCUCAAGGAAGAGAUGCCAGUUCACCUCCCUCCCCCCGAUCGUGACUGGGUCAUCCUUGAUGAUACUUCCGCCACCUCCAACAGUACUGCGGAAAAGAUCACCGUUCUGUCGUACAACACCUUGUGUGACUCAUCUGCCACCGAAUCGCACUACGGCUAUGUGCCCACACGUGUAUUAUCCUGGGAAUACCGACGCGAGCUCAUUCUCAAUGAAUUACGAUCCCACAACUCAGAUAUCGUCUGUUUGCAGGAGGUUGAUCAGGGAAGUUACAACAAUUUCUUCCGAGAGCAGCUUGCGUACAACGAUUACAAGGGUAUAUAUUGGCCCCGUGGUCGUGCAAUGGGCAUGCAGGAGGAGGACGCCCGGACAGUCGACGGCUGUGCUACUUUCUUCAAGGGUAGCAAGUACAUCUUGUUGGACAAGCAGUUGAUCAACUUCGGCCAAACAGCUGUCCGUCGACCCGACGCCAAGGGCCAAGAUGAUAUUUACAACCGACUCUGGCAGAAGGAUCACAUCGCUGUCGUCAUCUUCCUCGAGAACCGACAAACUGGUGCGCGCUUUAUCAGUGUUAACGCUCACUUGUACUGGGACCCAGCUUUCAAGGAUGUCAAGCUCAUCCAGACAGCCAUUCUGAUGGAGGAGAUCACCAAGCUCUCCGACAAUUACGCCAAAUGGCCCGCUUGCACCGACAAGACAGCAUUCCGCUUCUCAGAGGCCGAAAGUGGUACUGAGAACGCACCUGUUGUGGAACCAGCGCCUUCAAUGGAAUACUCCAGCGGUGACCAAAUCCCCGUCCUCAUGUGUGGUGAUUUCAACUCCUCUCCCGGAUCUGCCGCAUACAACCUCAUCUCCACCGGAACCUUGCCCGAGGCGCAUCCCGAUCUUGAGAAGCGUCUCUACGGAAACCUCAGCAAGGUCGGUAUGAAACACCCCUUCAAGCUGAAAUCCGCAUACUCUUCCAUGGGCGAACUCAGCUUCACCAACUAUACUUCCGACUUCACCGCCAUCCUUGAUUAUGUCUGGUACUCUUCGAAUACACUUCAUGUGUCAGCUUUGCUCGGCGAAGUGGACAAGGAGUACCUCCGCCGUGUGCCUGGAUUCCCCAACUUCCACUUCCCUAGUGAUCACGUCGCAUUGCUGGCGGAGUUCACAGUCAAGGGCAAGAAGGGCAAGGUUGUGGAAGCAGACUUUGGGCCGCAACGGCACUAA